AUGAGCCUGGACAAGGUCAAGCACAUCGUGCUGGUCCUCUCCGGCAAGGGCGGCGUCGGCAAGUCGUCCGUAACGACGCAGCUCGCCCUCUCCCUCACCCUCGCCGGCCACUCGGUCGGCAUCCUCGACGUCGACCUCACCGGCCCCUCGAUCCCGCGCAUGCUCUCCAUCGAGGCCUCCAAGGUCACCCAAGUCCCCGGCGGCUGGGCGCCCGUCGCGGUGCACGAGGCAGACCCGGCCAAGGGCGUCGGCAGCCUGCACGCCAUGAGCCUCGGCUUCCUGCUGCCCAACCGCGGCGACGCCGUCGUCUGGCGCGGGCCCAAGAAGACGGCCAUGAUCCGGCAGUUCCUGCGCGACGUGCUGUGGGCCGACACCGACUACCUCCUCAUCGACACGCCUCCCGGCACGAGCGACGAGCACAUAUCUCUGGUGGAGACGCUGCAGGCCGAGGCGCGGCCAGGGCAGGUGGCGGGCGCGGUGGUGGUGACGACGCCGCAGGCCGUGUCCACGUCCGACGUCCGCAAGGAGCUCAACUUUUGCUUCAAGACGGGCAUCCGUGUGCUUGGCGUCGUCGAGAACAUGAGCGGCUUCGUGUGCCCGCACUGCUCCGACUGCACCGACAUUUUUGGCUCGGGCGGCGGGCGGUCCAUGGCCGACGAGUUCAAGGUGCCGUUCCUGGGGUCGGUGCCCAUGGACGCGCAGUUUAUUGCCCUGAUUGAGGAGGGCACGCGACCGCACUAUCCCGUGGGCACACAGGUCAACGGGCAGGAUAUUUCGGGACCUGGGCCGGAGGGCGAGCAGCAGGACGAUGGGAGCGCAACCCUGGUGAACAAGUAUACGGCGUGCUCGCUGUCUCACGUCUUUAGCGGCAUGACGUCUACGCUCCGGGAAAGCAUUGCAGCGGCGGAAGCUACGUGA